UCGAUAUAAUUUGUGAUUAGCAAAUAUAUUUAUUUAGUACAACUGGAUAUUCUUGAUAAUUUUUACAACUUAUGGUUAUAAAUUAUGUUUCUUGUUUCUUUAAAAACCUAGGUCAAACAAAAUUUCAACUUUAAUUCAAAAUUCCCCCCAAAUCAUAUUUUUCAAAAAAUUUUGGGAAUCUUUGACCAAACGGUAGAGAAUCUAUAAUUUCAAAACUUUGCUGCAACAGUCCCUCAGUUAGUAAAUGCUUCUAUUUCGCCUCUUUUUUAAAGCACUAAUGUCCCUCCCAAAUCCAAAUUAAAGAAAUGCCAUUUUCAAAGGGUUUUCAGAACUCUGCUCUGCAAUUCAGGUUUCUUUUUCAAUAUCAUAACGUUGAGUUUCUUUACUCUUCUUUCUUGCUUGUUGUUAUGCAGUAUUCUUCUAAUUUUUGUUUCAUUUUUCUUUUUUCCUUUACUGUAACUUUUUUGUUUGUUUGAUUCCAACAUUAAUAAUGCCUUCUCUUGUUAGUUGUUAAUUAUCAUGUAAUGUAUAUGUUUUGUUGUAAUGUUUGCUAUUUAUACUGUCAUCAGUAAAACUGGUUUUCAGGUAGGGUUUUUAAGUUUGUGCCUAAUUUUAUAAAUUUGUAGAUGUCUGUUUUAGCGGAAAAAAGUCCCUCCAAGAUGCUAGGGAAGAGAUCUCACACCCCAUUUAAGCGCGUAAAAGUUGAUGCUAUCCGCUAUUUUCCUAAAAAUUGUGGUCCAUUUGUUCGUCAAGGGAACGGAAGCAGAAUUCAACGUUAUGCUGAGUCUGAGACAAAGCGUGUAAAAGUCGAUAAUACGAGGAAUUUUCUUGAGAAAUGUGGCCCUCAAAUGAAGAAUGGAAGUGGUACCCAAUGCUCUGCUUGUGUUGAGAUCAAAAGCUGUUCUGAAGUUGCUAAAAAUGUGAUUGAGUCAGCUAAGCCUUUAAAUGUUUCUGCACCAAGUAAGGAAAAAGAUAUCCAAAUUGAUUUGCCACCAAUUCCUAGGCAGGCUAAAAGGGAUAAUUUGGUUGCAAAAGAGGUAGGUGAUUCAAGCCAUUUGAGAACCUCAUGUCAAUCUACUAAAGGAAAUAAACCUUUGAAGAUGAAAGAGAAGAACCUUAUGCAUGAUGGAUCUACUCAACGACAUGAAGUCUUGGUUAAUCAUAGGUUGAAGGUCCCCAAGAAGCCAUCAAUUUAUAGAGGAAGUAGAUGUGAUUGGUUUAUGAACGGUGGGCGUACAAAAAAUGCCAAUCACAGCUUGAAGGUCCCCAAAAAGCCAACAAUUUAUACAGGAAAUAGAUGUGAUUGGUUUAUGAACGGUGGACUAAUUGAAAAUGGAUCAGAAUUGCCCGCUAUUUCUGGUCAUGGAUGGUUAAUUGAAUCCGAACAUAUUCAAAAAGUGAAAGAAGUUAGAGAGACUCUCAAACUUUUCAAUGACCUGUAUACUAAACUUGUCCGAGAAGAUAAAGUAGAGAAACUUGAAGGACAGUCUAAAAGAAUCCAUAUAAAGGCAGCAAUGUGUUUGAAAGAUAAGUGGGUAAAUUGUGGGAGGAGCUUUGGACAUGUUCUUGGAGUUGAAAUUGGGGAUCAAUUCCGAUUCAGGGCAGAACUUGUUAUGAUCGGACUACAUCACCAAUUUAUUAAGGGUAUCGAUUAUGCGAAUAUUAACGGGAGAGAUGUUGCAACUAGCAUCGUUGAUUCUAGUCGGUACGAGAACAAGGCCAUAUCUUCUCAAACACUCAUUUAUGUAGGUGAAGGUGGGAAUCCAAAAGCUUUUGUUAAUGCGAGAGUGGAAGAUCAGAAGCUUGAAAAGGGUAAUCUUGCCUUGAAGAACUCCAUGGACUUGGGAUAUCCGGUGAGGGUUAUUUCUGGUCGACAAAGCGUGAAUAGUGAAAAGAGUGAUAAAAGAUACAUUUACGAUGGGCUCUACACUGUGACAGAGUGUUGGCAAGAAAGAGGUUCAACUGGAAAAUAUGUUUUCAAGUUUGAAUUGAAAAGAAAUCUUGGCCAACCAAAAGUUACUCGUGAACUAAAAUAAUAGCCAAGAAUUUAGGCAAGGUAAAUCACUUUCGUCAAAAUGUAAACAAGGCAAUAAAAUCAAUUCUGCAAUCGGAGUUUGUUGUUGACUAAGAUAUCUCGCAAGGAAAGGAGAAGAUACCAAUCCCCGUUGUCAAUGCAAUAGAUGAUGAGAGACUCCUGCCAUUCACUUACAUUACCAAUAUGCAUUAUCCAAAUUGGUAUUAUAUAUCUAGGCCUCCGGGUUGCAGUUGCACAAGUGGAUGCUCAGAGUCCGAGCAAUGCUCUUGUGCUUCUAGGAACGGAGGCGAGAUUCCAUUCACACAAAAGGCUCUAUUAUUAAAGCAAAGCCUCUUGUUUAUCAACCGUAGCUGCUCACUGAAUCUAUAUGCUCAAAAUGUCACUGAAUCUAUAUGCUCACCAAGAGUAUUGCUCCAUUAGGGGAGCUUGCUUAUCACUACAACUACCAAAUUGGUGAUGUUUAAAGAUACAAAUGGCAAUACGAAGAGAAAGCAUUGUAGAUGUGGCACUCGUAAGUGCUAGGGGAGAAUGUACUACAGAACUACUCAUGUAAGACUAUUGAUCUUCACAUGAUAUUUGAAGUAUGAUUCUAUUAUCUAUGUGCACUUAUCAUGUCAUUUCAACUUUUUGAUCCCUUGUAAUUCCAUUUAUGGUUAAUUGGUCAAGUUUUGAUCUCUUGUAACUUGCAUUAUGAUUGACUUCCUACCUGUUAUGAGUUUUGUGU